AUGGCAGAAGAAUCUAAGAGGGUAGUGGUAAUAGUGGAUGCAUCAAAAGAUGUUUUUGCUAAGUCCAUAAUGAAGGCACUGAAACAGACGAAUCCUCGGGCUGGAGAUGAGCUUAAACUCAUAGCAGUUCUUGAACAGUUCAGCAGUCCCAUGGGAUACAAGAUCAGGGUCCAUGACAGUCCAUUUCUUGCAACAACCCAAAAGAUUGUUGACGAAGAAUUAGCUAGAAAAAGGGAUGACGUUAACAAGAGUUCAGGAAUCAUGGAACUCCUUAAGUAUUGUGAAACAAAAAAGAUGGACUUCCACAUUGAUGUGGUUGCACACCCUUUCACAGAGGUUUUUUCUCAUGCUGCCAAAAGUUUUGGAGCAACGUGGUUGAUCGUUGACAGAAAGGUGAACAAAGAUAACAGGAAAUUGCGGUUACCUUGUGGUAUGAUUAGAAUAAGAAGUGACAACACUAUUCAAAAGGUGCAAGGUCCAGAAGUACCAACAGAGCUCUCCAAAUCACACUCCACAGGUGAAGCUAUGAAGAUCAUUGGUGGAACCGAAGAUGAAGAAUUUUCACCCAAGAGGCAUAGGUCAUCACCAAAUGAACAGUUCACAACAAUUGGAACAUCAAGUUCAAGCAUUCUUCAGUUAAUGAAUGACAAAGAGCACGAAGAACCUCAAAAUACAGAGCAAGAAAAAGAAAGUAUGUUUUUCAAUUCACGAGACCUUGAGCAGCAAAGCGGUGACAAUGAAGAGUCACAGAUAGAGACAGAAUUGACAGUCCCACUUUGUUCUGUGUGUAAAAACAAACGACCAAAAGUUGGAUGGAUGAAAGACUUCAGUUACACAGAACUCUGGAAAGCUACACAGGGAUUCUCUCAAAAGAACUUUCUAUCAGAAGGUGGAUUUGGAUCUGUCUACAAAGCAGAGCUCACUGGAAUAACUAUUGCUGUUAAGAAGCUUAAAAAUGCAAGUCUCCAAGGAGAGAAAGAAUUCAAAUCUGAAGUCAAAUUACUUGGCAAAGCAAGGCAUGAGAAUGUGGUCACACUUCUGGGGUCCUGCUCAGAAGGAAUGCAUAAACUUGUUGUUUAUGAAUAUGUCUGCAAUGGUUCAUUAGACCAACAUUUAUCACAACAUUCUCGAACUCCUCUUACAUGGAAAGAGAGGAUCAAAGUUGCUAUUGGAGUUUCGAAGGGCUUGCAAUACUUGCAUGAGACUAACAUUAUACACAGAGAUGUGAGACCAAGCAAUAUCCUUAUCACACAUGAUCGUCAACCUGUGUUGGGAGACUUUGGUUUGGCAAGAAAUCAACAUGAAGACUCAAUACAGUCAACAGAGGUUAUUGGAAGUUUGGGGUAUUUGGCACCUGAAUAUGCAGAAUAUGGAAAAGUGUCAGCCAAGAUAGAUGUAUAUUCUUUUGGGGUGGUUCUACUGGAACUCAUCACAGGAAUGAGGACAACAGACAAAAGACUUAAAGGGAAAAGUCUUGUUGGAUGGGCAACACAUGUACCAUACCAGGAGACUAUUCCCCAACAAGGUCAGAGUCAUCUUAUUGCACAUCAGACUCUGAUGAAUCAGAAGAUGACAACGAUCAAGGAGCCUUUGAAUCAGAAGCUAGAAGACUCCCGUAAUGCCUCCAAUUGGGAGAACUUCAUGAAGCCAGAUUAUCAGAAGACUCCCACUUUUAUCUCCAAUUGUGAGAACUUGAAGCCAGAUUAUGGGAAAACUCCCACAAUCACCUCCAAUUGUGAGAACUUGACGACGGAUUGUUAG